GGGAUCCCCAGCCCCCACCCCUCCUCCUCCUCCUCCUCCUCCCCCCCUCCCCCCACCUGGGGCUGGCAGAUGCUAGCCGCACGCUCGUCGCCUCUCUCCCUCUAGAAGUUGUAGCUCCCAAGUUUGCAGCCGCGCUCGGAGCCCGAGCGGAGGGACGGAGGGAGAGAAGGGGCCCGGACGGAGGGACCGGGGGAGCCUGCGGAGCCCUCCCCCCCGGCGGCGAGCCCGCCCCGCGCCCGCACCUGUUGGACCGGCGGCGCCGAGGAGCAGGAGGAGGAGGAGGAGGAGGAGGAGGAGGAGGUGCGAAGCCGGCCGAGGGCAGCGCCCACGGGGAGCGCGGGGCCGUCCUCCCUCCCGCGAAGUUGGCCGCCCCCUCCGGCCCCGGGCCGGGCCGGUCCUCUAUGGUCGCCCCCCGUCCGGCCGGGUGUCGGUGAGCCCCGAGAGCCGCCCGCAUGUACAGCAUGAUGAUGGAAGCGGACCUGCACUCGCCCGGCGGCGGGCUCCAGGGGCCCACGGCCCUCUCGGGCCCACCGGGGCCGGGCGGCGGGGGAGGAGGGGGAGGAGGAGGAGGAGGAGGUGGGGGCCCCAAGGCCAGCCAGGACCGGGUCAAGCGUCCGAUGAACGCCUUCAUGGUCUGGUCCCGGGGCCAGCGGCGCAAGAUGGCCCAGGAGAACCCCAAGAUGCACAACUCGGAGAUCAGCAAGCGCCUGGGGGCCGAGUGGAAGGUCAUGUCGGAGGCGGAGAAGCGCCCCUUCAUCGACGAGGCCAAGCGGCUGCGGGCCCUGCACAUGAAGGAGCACCCGGAUUACAAAUACCGGCCGCGGCGGAAGACCAAGACCCUGCUGAAGAAGGACAAGUACUCGCUGGCCGGGGGGCUGCUGGCCGCGGGGCCCGGCGGCGGCGGCGGCGGCGGCGGGGGGCUGGGCGUGGCGGGCCCGCGGAUGGACAGUCCCGGGCCGGCGGGCGGAGGCCCGCCUGGAGGAGGAGGAGCAGCAGCCGGCGGCGGCGGCGGCGGCGGCGGCGGCGGGACCUACCCGCACGUCAACGGCUGGGCCAACGGCGCCUACCCGGGCUCGGUGGCGGCGGCGAUGAUGCAGGAGGCCCAGCUGGCCUACGGCCCGCACCCGGCGCACGGCCCGCACCCGGCCCCGCCGCCGCCCCCGCCGCCCCCGCCGCCCCCGCCGCCCCCGCCGCCGCCGGUGCACCGCUACGACAUGGGCGCCCUGCAGUACGGCGGGCCCCUGGCCGGCUCUCAGGGCUACAUGGGCGGCUCGGCCCCGGGCUACGGGGGGCUGCCCUACGGGGCGGCCGCCGCCGCCGCCGCCGCCGCCGCCGCCGCCGCCGCCGCCUCGUCGUCGGGGCCCGGGGGAGCCCACCAAGGGGCGGCGGCGGCGGCGGCGGCGGCGGCGGCGGCGGCGGCCGCGUCGUCCGGGGCCCUGGGCGCCCUGGGCUCGCUGGUCAAGGCCGAGCCCAGCGUCAGCCCGCCGGUGGGCGCCGCCUCCCACGGCCGGCCGCCCUGCCCGGGAGACCUGCGGGAGAUGAUCAGCAUGUACUUGCCCGCCGGAGACGCCAACGACCCGGCGGCCGCGGCGGCCGUGGCGGCGGCGGCGGCGGCGGCGGCCGCCCAGGGCCGCCUGCACCCGCUGCCCCAGCACUACCCGGCGGCCGGGCCCGGGGUGGUCAACGGCACCGUGCCCCUCACCCACAUCUAACCGCCCCCCGCCCCCUCAGCCCCGGCCGCGGGCCGAGCGGCGCCUCGGGGGCCAAGGACCGGCCGCCCCCAAACGGCCCCCACCCCAGGGAGGGCCGGCCCGAGGCCUCCUCCUCGGGCGCCUCGGACUCCACUUCCAUCUCCUCUCCACACUUGGUUUUUCGUUCUUUUUGUACAGUAUUUAUCGUGGACGGAGGAGGAGGAGGAGGAGGAGGAGGAGGAGGAGGAGGUGGCAGACACCGUUUGCUCUGCCCCCAGAGGAAAACAGACAAAGAUCCGGGCGAUGCCAACUUUUCUAGAACGGCUGGACUUUCACCCGAGCGUCGCUGCUUUUGUGGCUUUUUUUUUAAAAAAAAAAAAAAAUCCCCCCCCUCCCUCUCUCUUUUUUUGUUUCGACGGCCGAAUAAGACAGAGUGACGGGGACCGUCCCCCCCCCCCCCCCGCCCCCGCGGGACGCGAGUAGCCGAGAAAAAUCCCAAUCGCCGAAAACUUUCCUUUUUUGGGGGGUGGGGGUGGGGGGGGUGGCCGGCGGGGGUGGCGGGGCUCGGUUGGGUCCUUUUGCCUCUCUUUCCCUCUCUCUCGGGCCGGCGACCUUCUCUUCUGGGUUUUGUACCGCUUUUCUGUAUCUGCGACUCUCCCCCUUUUCGUUUUGUUUUGUAUGAUUUCUUGUAAAUGCAUCGUGAGAAUCUUUAUUUUUAGGCGUCGCGAGGGGAAUUCGGACCGUGUACAUAGUUGACUUAAAACCCUUUCUGCUAAAACGACGACCUCCCCCCUCCCCUUCCCUCCCCCCACCCCCAACCCCCUACGGAUGAGUUGAAUUUUCAGUUGAAUAAAUUUCCGAGUGAAAACAA